AUGCAGGAUUUGGCCUCUGCCACAGUGGCGCGGAAUGCAGCGGAGCACCGCAAGCGCUGGCUGAAGGAAGAGUUGAAAGCAGUGGAGGCUCAGCACCCGCCUCCGCCCACAGACACCGGGCCACUCCUGGAGAUGAGGCGUGAGGUUCAGCAACUGCGCUCGCGGUUGGCGGCUUGCGAGGCCGAGACUGAGAUGCCUGCUGCGGAUGUGCUGGAUGCGGCAGAGCAGGCUCCACCGGAGUUGGCGCAAAAAGCUGCAGAGCUGGCUGCGAGGGCGGCCGCCCUCAAGCGGAGCGAGCAGGCCCUGGACGCCCAGAGAGCCGAGGUUCGGGCAGCGACAGAAGAGGCUUCCCUGUUUGAGAGGGAAGCUGCCGCUCGGCGCUCGCAUUGCGAUCAGCUGUCCCAGCAGAUUCAGGACCUCAAGGCGGAGGAGAGAACUGCUGCCGCCCGAAGACGGGAGCUAGAUCGUGAGGUUCAUGGCCUCGCCAGCAGCUACGAUCGCUACAAGCAUCUUUGCUAUGUCUACGGCGCCGCCCUCCUGAGGACACCACACCUCGGCCAGCCCCUCGAGGAUGGUGCGAAGCCGAAGCGAGGCUUGGACGCGCUGAUCCAGGUCCUGGCAAGCCGCUACGGCUGGCCCGAGGUGGCUUUUCUGCGCAUUGACCGCCGCGGCGCAGGCCGCUUGGGGGCGACGGAGCUUCGCAUGGGGCUCUUGCUCGGUGCGCGGAUCGAUUUUCCGGCCGUGACGGGCCUCACUGCAGAGGCCCUGCUGUCCGCCAUGGACUCCCGGGGUGCAGGUUUCGUUGCUGCACAAGACCUGGCCGCCUGCCGUCCUGGGAUUUGGAAGGAGUUCGGUGCCACAGAAGUCCUGACAGUGGAGAAGCUCCGGGCACUGCCCUGGGCUGCUGCCGGCGGCCGAGCACAGGCCUUUGAGGAGUUCUCGGAGGACGGAAGGCUGAACUGGCCGGGAUUUGAG